GACACGGUACAUUAUAAAUAUAUGAAUAAAUAAAUAAAUAAAUAAAAACGUCCGGUGCAGCCUACAUCUUUGUUCCUAUCCAAAACAAUAAAUUUUAAAUACCUCAGUAGAAAUAUUACCAUUUAAAAAUUUCUACGGCUCAUCCAAGACCUUACAUCAUCUUACAUUAUCUGUUAGAAAGAAAUUUUUCUAAGCCUUUUACCGUUAAGAGAAAUCGUCCCUUCACCGAUGGUGGGAACACUUAUACAAUGACAAAAGAUGGUUAAAAUUUCCUUUCAAAAUUUUUGGAGAAUAUUUUUCAAGCAGUCUGUCUUGAAUUGUCAACGAAAAAACAAGUCUAAGUUCCUAUCAAUUUACCAUUUUGUUACAUCACGGUGAAAUAAUAAAAAAUUGAAGAAAACAUGGAGAAUGUUUUUGCAUUGGUGACGGGUGGAGCAUCUGGAAUUGGUAAAGCAACAGUGAAAAUGAUUGUGUCAAAUGGUGGAAAAGUUGUGAUAGCUGAUAUAAAUCCCCAAGGCAAUGCUCUCGCCUCUGAAUUAGGAAAAAAUGUUUUAUUUCACCAAACAGAUGUAACUUCAGAAGAUUCAGUUGACAAAGCAAUAGAGUUUAUAAAAGAUAGUUUUGGAAAAUUGAAUGUUGUUGUUAAUUGUGCUGGAAUAUUUUGUCUCGAAAGAAUUUAUGAUUUCGAUAAUAACAAGCCACAAUCACUGGAUAAUUGUAAAAAAGUAUUUGAGGUAAAUACAUUUGGAACUAUCAAUGUGAUGGCUAGAUCAAUUGGAUUGAUGAAAGACAAUGAACUUGAUGAAAGUGGUCAAAGAGGAGUUAUUAUUAAUAUAAGCAGUAUUGCUGGAUUUAGUACUGCUCCAGGAUUAUUUGCUUAUGGAGCUUCAAAAGCAGCUAUUCACAGUUUGACAGAAAGUACAGCAAAGCAUGUCGCUUGUGUUGGUAUUCGUGUUGUUGGUAUUGCACCAAGUCUUACAAAAACACCAAUGACUGAUAAAGUGGCACCACAAAUAUUGGAUUUUGUCAACAAAGAUUUGCUGUUUCCACGUAGACUAGGACAAGUAGAUGAAAUCACUCAUACCAUUAAAUUUCUGAUUGAAAAUAAAUUUAUCAACUCUGAAAUUAUACGUCAUGAUGCUGGUUUUCGUCUCAGUAAUUAGCAAUAAACAAAAAUGUUAUUCUAAAAAUAUGUUGAAUAUUUUUCAAAUUAAAUUAAAAAAUAUAUUUUCAAAUAAACUGAUGAAAUUUUAACUCAGUGGUUAAAUAUACAUUCAA